UUGGAAGAUAGAGACGGAAUGCGGUUGCGGGCGAGUGAGGCGAUGAUGUGCGAGGAGGGGGGGCAACUGUUUGUGCUCGUCGCGGCAGAGCGACGAUUGAUGCGGAUGAAUGUCGGGUUCGGUAAGGCUUUCGUGCUGCCUCGUGUGAAUUGGAGCCUCGUGCAAAUCGCCUGCAACGCCGCCCUUUCCCCGACCGGCUGCUUUCUCCGUUGGGAAAUUUCUCGCUCUGUGUCUCUGGCUGAGCGCAGGGUUGGUUGGUGCUUCGGGGUGGGUUAUUACAGUUGGCCGUGAUCAUUGUCCUGCCGAGGUCGAAGGGGAUCUGGAACAUGGCUCGUCCUUGUUUCGUUGAAUUGUACGUGGCCUUGGGACUUCGGAUUGUUUCGAGCGCGAGCUAGUGCGUGCGAAUGGAGAUCGCGCGCGCAUUGAUUUCGUGCUUCGCGCAAGUUUCGAACUGCUUCGUUCGUUCCCCUCUCGUUGACAUGAUCGCGUUCUUUGCGCUGCGCCUUGCUUCUUGAAACUGCUGCACGCGCUUUCGUUCGUUCAUUCAUUCAUUCGUUGUUUCACUGCCGGCGCUUGCACCGAAAGAUGACGAUCAUCCGCGGUUGCGCAAGGUACUGAUUUCUCGCGGGUAGUGCGGCGAUGCGCACUGCCCCUCGAAUUGCCCUAGGAUUCUCUCCUGCCCCACUUUAGUGCUCCGAGGAUCAUACUCCACAAUCGGUUGCGACACUUGCUUCUCGCUGUCCGGAUCAUUUGUGCGUCAUCGUCAGGAUGGCGACAUGUCCGAGGAGGCCGGACGCUCGCAUUUUGAAAUUGGGAAAUCGAUGAGUGACUGCGACUGCGACCGCCUUGACGUGUGACAUGCCGGCGCAUUCGAACGAAGGAGAGGGAACGGGAGCGCGAGGGAGGGCAGACGUCAGGAGAGCGCGGGCAAUUCUCGACAUGAAGGUGGAGCUCGUGCGGUAGCGGAAGAGUAUUAGAGCCCAUGGCGCGGAAGGAUUGGUGUCGCCUCAGUGCGCGAUCGGUCGUGCUCACUCUGCUCCUGCAAGUGCCGAUAUUCUUCACCGUGCUAACGAUUUUGGAUUUCAAGUCGUGCAAAGAGGCAGCCAUCAUCUUCUCGGGCUUCGAAGUCGACAGCAGCAGCAGCAGCAGGCGGGGGGCAUCGUCGAGCUCACCGAUUUCACGCAAAGAGGAUUCGUAUGGCAGCGGGGCGAGGAGCUUGAAACCCUCGAGCUACGCGCACCAUCCGUUCGUUCUGUACAGCGCGUACAGAAAAUCGAUGCGGACUUUCUACGUCGUGGGAAUCGCGUCGGUGGUGCUGCGCGAGCGCGACCGCCCGGUUCAUUAUUGCGAGUGGCAGCCCAGUGACGCGAGCAACAAUUCGACCAUCGUCGCCGAGGCCAAUUUGGCUUACUUGAGCUUCGACGAGCACAACAUGGCGUACGUGCCCAUCACCGUGAGGUGCAGUUUCGAGGGCGACGCCGGCAGGAAUCGACGAGGCGGAGUGCUGCGCUUGAAUGUGUCCACGGGGUUCGAUGCCGACCCUCCCCAUGGAGGCUCGAAGAUGAUCGACGUCAUGGCCGAGGACGGAGGCGCCGUGAGCAUCGUCCGCUCGCAGCCUCGAUUCAAGUAUGCGUUCUGCGGCCCUCCAAUGCACGGGACCAUCCGGGCACAGUGGGUUCUGUCAUGGCUCGUGUACCACCACCACCUCUGGCGCGGCGAAGCGCACUUCAUGUUCUACAAUGUCGGGGGUCUGCGCGAGAACCAUCGCUACUUGUUCCAGAAAUUCAUCGACGCCGGGCUGCUCACCAUCACCGACACGCUCGACGAGGAUUUGUACCCGGCCUGGUGGCACAAUCGGCUGCUCUUCAUCAACGAUUGCCUUCACAGGUCUCGAUUUCUGGCCGAGUGGGUCUUCUUCUUCGACUUCGACGAGUAUCUCUACGUUUCUCCUCCGCAUUCGAUUCAGAGCUUGCUGGCCGAGAACGAGGACAAGCCGUGGAUGACAUUCGGGAGCUUGCCCACGUCCAUUAGCCUCUGCAGGGCCGGGAGUGCCCCGUGGGAGUGGACGGUGGAGCAGAUGCUGUGGCGCGAUCACGAGCCGAGCUGCGUGCAGUCGGAGGACGAGGCCGAUGAGCUGCAGAGCCCCUGGAUGUGCCUCACGCACCACGGGAGGAGGAAGUAUGUGGUGAAUCCCCGCAAGGUCACGGCUGCAGGCGUGCACAGAAUCGGCAAUCCCAUGCAGGGCGGGGUGGACUUCAACGCCUCGGUCGUUCGGAUGCAUCACUACCACGGGGCGCUCAGUCACUGGCAGAUGUUGUGCCAGGACAUGGUGAACUCGUCUCUUCCGCUGCAGGAGCUCGAUCGGAUUCCAUACUACAACCGCACUGUCCGAGACGAUGCGAUUUCUAUCACAUUCCGAGAAGCUAAAGCUUUCGCAGCUCCACUCAUUCCAACAGGGGCCUAACAACACGCACGGAGCUCAUCAUUGGCUCGAAGUCAAUCGUACGAGGUCGAACCCGGCCCAUGGAUCCGCUGCUGCACUGCACUAGAAAGCUCAAUAUGCCAUGGCUCGCAACCAAUGCUGCAGGGACUUAAAUCACACGAGAGCAGCGAUAGGGAAACAAGUUUUGGAGUCGGAAAUUCAGCAUGUUCCCUGCGAUGGGCCUGGGUCGAGGUAUCCUCUCAGCAUGGGGCUGUGGCUGAUUUCGGUCGGGGACUCUGAGAUUUCACCGAUCACAACAAAGCAAUACUCAGUACUCGGAACCAGCAGAACGAAGAUCUUCGAGAUAUGCUCGACGGUCCCCUCAGUUCUAUCGAUCAUUCAUGCCGGAGCUUCCCCGGGCUCACAGUUGUAUUUGGAACGGGCAGCAUCGUGUGUCCACAGGAUGAGGCAAGCUCGUGUAAGACUGCUUCAGCUCCUCAGCGAGCGAAGGUGUUUGUACCAUACGGAUUCUUUUAGUUCAGUCGGACGAGCCAUCGUCCUCAGCGGGAGCUGUGCAACUCAGAGGAUGGCCUUAAGCUGGCGCUCUUCUGGAAUAAAAAUCUCAAAUGUUCACGCUCC